AUGCAUCCCAGGAUGAAUGAAAUGAGUCUGAGCCCUGUGGGGAUGGAACAGCUGGCAGCUUCUUCUGUGAGCAAUGCCCUGGCUGUUGCAGGAAAUCACAUAGCUUUGACCUCCUCACCCACCCAUAAUGCUAUACAAGCACCAGGCUUACCAGUUGCAAUUCCAAAUUUGGGGCCCUCAUUACCAUCUGCUUUGUCUCUGAUGCUUCCAAUGGGCAUUGGAGAUCGAGGAGUGAUGUGUGGUAUACCAGAGAGAAAUUAUACCCUACCUCCACCACCUUACCCUCAUCUAGAAAGCAGCUACUUUAGACACAUUCUACCUGGUCUCAUAUCUUACUUAGCUGACAGACCUCCACCUCAAUGUAUUCACCCCAACAAUAUCAAUGUUGACGGUAACUCAGCUUUAUCUGUCUCCAAUAAUCCUUCAGACUUAGAUCCUUACCAGCCCAAUGGAUCUGUGGGUCUUGAAGCAGGCAUUGUCUCCAUGGAUUCUCGUUCAGUGAAUGCACAUAAUACUCAAAGUUUACAUCCCAGUGAUGGCCAUGAUGUAGCUCUAGACACAACAAUUACCAUAGAAAGUGUUUCAAGAGUUACCAGUCCAAUCUCAAGCGACAGAAUGGCUGAAGAACUUAGGAUGAGUGAUGUAGGUGGGGAUCAUUCACAGAUUGCAAAUGGCAGCCGUAAUCAUGAGCCUCUAGCAGUGGAUGGGGGUUUAGCCUCAGAAACUGUAGGGCAUAAUGGUGUCAUCCCUAUCCAUGGUAACAGUUUGGAACUUCCUGUUGUUAUGGAGACUGACCACAUUUCAGGCCGUGUCAAUGGGAUGCCUGACCGAACACUUGGGGACUCUAUUCAUACAGUGGCCAUGAGCAGCAAUUCUGUGAGUGUUGCACUUUCUACCUCACAUAAUCUCACUUCCCUGGAAUCUGUCUCAUUACAUGAAGUGGGUCUCAGCUUGGAGCCUGUGACUGUAUCCUCCAUUAACCAGGAAGUAGCCAUGGGACAAAAUCAUGUGGAUGUCUCUUCAGACAAUCUUACUUUUGUGCCAUCAUCAUUGCAGAUGGAAGAUUCCAAUUCCAAUAAGGAGAAUAUGGCUACAUUGUUUACAAUAUGGUGCACACUCUGCGACAAGGCUUACCCAUCAGAUUGCCCAGAUCAUGGGCCAGUGACUUUUGUUUCUGAUACUCCGAUAGAAAGCAGGGCCAGACUUUCUCUCCCAAAACAGCUUAAUAUCCGCCAUGCUGUCAUGGGACCUGAAGUUGGUGGACAGUAUUGUCAAUUAUCAACUUGUCUUGGAUCUCCUUCCUUAGGUGUGUGGACUCGGGAAACUAUUCCUGUCCGUACCUGCUUUGGACCACUCAUUGGUCAACAAAGUCACUCAAUAGAAGUGGCUGACUGGACAGACAAAGCAGCCAAUCACAUUUGGAAGAUGUAUCACAAUAAUGUUCUGGAAUUCUACAUCAUCACAACAGAUGAAAAUGAAUGUAACUGGAUGAUGUUUGUGCGGAAGGCCAGGAACCGAGAAGAACAGAAUCUGGUAGCUUACCCUCAUGAUGGAAAGAUUUACUUCUGCACUUCCCGCGACAUCUCUCCAGACCAGGAGCUCCUUUUCUACUAUAGUCGUGACUAUGCUCAGCAGAUUGGUGUUCCUGAGCAUCCUGAUGUGCAUACUUGUCACUGUGGAAAAGAAUGUGCCUCCUAUGCAGAGUUUAAGGUCCAUCUGAGUAGUCAUCUCCACAGCCACUUCCCCAGUCAGGGACACAGCAGUACCCAUGGAUCAGGACACAGUAAGGAAAGGAAAUGGAAAUGCUCUAUGUGCCCUCAAGCUUUUAUAUCACCUUCUAAGCUUCAUGUUCACUUCAUGGGGCAUAUAGGUAUGAAGCCACACAAAUGUGAUUUCUGUAGCAAGGCAUUCAGCGAUCCCAGCAAUCUGCGUACCCAUCUUAAAAUUCAUACAGGUCAGAAAAACUAUCGCUGUGCACUCUGUGAAAAAUCUUUUACUCAGAAGGCACACCUAGAGACACACAUGGUUAUCCACACUGGAGAAAAAAAUCUGAAAUGUGACUAUUGUGAUAAACUAUUUAUGCGGCGCCAAGAUCUCAAGCAGCAUGUGCUCACCCAUACACAAGAACGUCAAAUCAAAUGUCCACAAUGUGAGAAGCUAUUCUUAAGGACAAAUCACCUAAAGAAACAUUUAAACUCUCAUGAAGGAAAAAGGGAUUAUGUGUGUGAAAAGUGUUCCAAGGCUUAUUUAACAAAAUACCACCUUACUCGCCAUCUAAAAAUUUGUAAAGGACCAACCUCUAGUCUCUCAGCCCAAGAAGAGGAGGAGGAGGAUUCUUCAGAAGAAGAAGAAUUGAUAAAUUCUACAACAAAUGAAAAUUGCCAACUCAGAACCACCAUGUAUGUGACAGCUGAUACACUGUCUUGACACAAAUAAGACAAUUCCUAAAAUUGUUUAAACUUACAUUCAGUGGCCAAAUUCUCAUCUAUAAUGAAAAUGGCUUAUCUGUUUUCAGAGAGAUUACCAGGAACAUUAAAACAAUAUAAUUACCAUGUUAAUCUAUUAAAAUGGUAUCAUUGAUGAUGGUUGAUGCAUGAUGGAUACAGCUAAAAUAGCACCAGAUGUCUCUGUUAAAGAUAUGCUUAAUGUGAAGGUAUGCCCAAACCAAAUUUUUUUCAUGACAGUAAAGUGUUUUUUUUAAUUGGAAAUAAGUUUGUAGCUUAACUUAGUUCAUUAAAUUGAUAUUUGUUGUACAUCAAUGAAUUAUUUGCUCAUUUGUUGACAACUGAGCAUUUCCGGAGAAUUAGAAAACAAAAAUAUAGUAUGGGAAUCUGAGUAAGGCAUGCUAAUGCUUGUGUUUGAAAUGCAAGCUUAGUUUUAGCAUGAAUUUUACAAGGUUAGUCAUGUAACUUUGCCUAUACUGUAACUGAUAACCAUUUAUUUUGAAAGGGAAAUUCUGCUGCUAAUAUAUUUAUGGAAUGAAGGUAUCAUUAAGAUUUGUUUUCUUACAGAAAAUUAAAAUACUGCUUUUUAAUCUGUGUACUGUUUUUUCCUCCUUUGAGUUUUUCCCCAGUAUGUAGAAAUUGCUUUUUCACCAUAACUUUUUUUUCUUCAUUAAACAAUUUGUUUAUCUAUACAUUAUGAUCUUCAGCCAAUAUUAACUAUGCUGACAUUGAUAGUUCUCCUAGGUAAAAGUAUAUCUAAAUUAAUGGUCUGAAUCAGAGAUAUGGUAUAGUAAUUAAGGCAUCAGAAACUGGGAGACUAUGAAUUCUAGUCCCGCUUUGGGCACCAAGCUAGGUGGGUGACCUUGAGCCAAUCACUUUCUCUGAGCCCUAGGAAGGAGACAAUGGCAAACUACUUCUGAAAAACCAGGCACUGUCCAAGAAUUGAAUACAAAUGUGGAGGG